CAACGGUUGGUAGAUGGAGUCGUUUUUACAGCAUCAAAUUCGUGUUCCAUGCACAUGAAUUAGGGCUACAUUAGCGCGCGCUACAUUUCGGUUGUUUUCUACCGGGAAUGUCAGUCGCCGACGCCCGGAGUCAAAUGCCGGUGGCAAGCGGGGGAAUCGAUGAUCGGUCACUUAAGCUCGCCAUAGCCAUAUCUCUUCUUCGCUCCAAGGCCAUUCAGAAGCAGCAGAAGCAGCCUGUCGUCUCCAAUCCUCCUUCCGAUUCCGACGCUCUCCGAUGGAAGCAAAAGGCUAAGGAGAGGAAGCAAGAGCUUAUUAGGCUGAGAGAAGAUCUGAAGCAAGCUGAAGAUGCUUCGCAUGAUGAUUUGUUUUCCCAAAACGCCACUUGCAAGUGUUUUUUCUUUGAUAAUCUGGCGAAAUCGAACCCUAAGCGGCUCGAACAUGAUAUAGAUAACAGAUUUAAUGAUGUCUUACGCCGGAGAUUUCUCAGGCAAGUGCGUUAUAGGGAACGGAGGAGAAAACUAGACAGUGGAGUUCAUCGGAAGCGACUUUUAGACUUCAAUGAAGUUGAUGAAGUUGAGCAUCUUCGAUCUUCAGUGGAUUUUCUUGUGGAGCUUUGCGACACUUUUUCUCCGGUAGGGGAGGCCACCUUCAAAAUUUGGGCUCAUCAAGCGGUUAAUUUCAUUCUAGCUUCAUUGAAGGAUCUUCUACCAAGGGGAAGGAACGUGGAGCUUAUUGAAGGAAUUGUUACAAGCUUGAUAAUGCGUUUAAUCAGAAGAAUGUGUUCUCCUCUGAAAGAUGAAUCAGAAAACUCUGUCUUCAACACCCGAUUCUAUACACAGCAGUUGGUCCGCGAACUUGGACGUGAACCGUUCAUAGGGCAACGGGCAGUAAUUUCUGUGUCCCAAAGAAUUUCUGCUGCGGGAGAGAGUUUGCUCUUUAUGGAUCCAUUCGAUGACAAUUUUCCCAGCUUACAUGAAAGCUUGUUCAUAAUGAUACAACUUAUUGAGUUUCUGAUAUCGGACUACUUACUGAUCUGGUCGAAGGAUGAAAACUUCAACAGCUUGCUGUUCGAAGAGUGGGUGACAUCCAUUCUACACGCCAAGAAAGCUUUAAAACUCUUGGAAAGCAGAAAUGGGCUUUACUUACUAUACAUGGACCGUGUCACCGGUGAGUUGGCUAAUCAAGUUAGCAACAUUCAGGGACUCCGGGAGCUCAAGCCAGACAUUCUAGACGACUUAGUUCACUGAAUUAAAGCUAGCCAAACCAGGUAUGUAGAGUUGUUCUUCUGUAACUUUUUUGUUUGUAAGCUCCAUGAUUGGUUUUACCCAUAAGUUUUGAUGCUAAUGAGGUGAAAGUCCAUACAUGUACAAUAAAAACUUAAUGGAGGGUUACUCAAUAUUGACAACAGAAAAAAUAAAGAUAAAACAACUCGAUAAUAUUAUAACUUUCAUGA